CCUGCGCAGCAGUUCCCGAACUGGCCUGCCACCAUAGAGCGGCUCCCCACCCAUCCCCGGAUGGACAGGUACGCGCCGAGCGUCCGUGAUGGAGUAGUCGCACUUGCCGCAGAAGGCGGGAGCUUCUUCUGGGCGCUGAUCACGCACCGCUGGGUGCUGGUGCUGGUUGGGGCAGUGCUGUUGGCGGCACUUGGCAUGGCGAGCACGCAACAC